GUUUCCUUUGUCUGUGCGCGCGCGGGCACGCUCAUAUACCCGUCUUCAGCCACACACCUCGUCAAGCCCGACAAACACUCGAAGAAGCUUCAGAUCUCCAGAGCUUUCCUUGGAAAGGGUCUUCGUCUUCUUCUUCUUCGGACAUGGCUUCCAUGGGAACAGCAGCAGCCACCACUGUCCUCGGACCCUCCCCGUUCCUCGGCCAGUCCAGAUCAUCCUCCAACGCUCUCCGAGAUGUCGUCUCCUUGGGCACCGGCAAGUACACCAUGGGAAACGAGCUGUGGUACGGGCCGGACAGAGUGAAGUACUUGGGACCAUUCUCUGCUCAGACUCCUCCCUACCUCAACGGUGAAUUCCCAGGUGAUUACGGCUGGGACACCGCCGGCUUGUCCGCUGAUCCCGAGGCUUUCGCCCGCAACAGGGCCCUUGAGGUCAUCCAUGGGCGUUGGGCUAUGCUAGGAGCCCUUGGCUGCAUCACCCCCGAGGUCCUAGAGAAAUGGGUCCGGGUCGACUUCAAGGAGCCCGUCUGGUUCAAGGCCGGCGCUCAGAUCUUCUCCGAGGGAGGCCUCGACUACCUAGGCAAUCCGAACCUCGUCCACGCCCAGAGCAUCCUCGCCGUCCUCGGCUUCCAGGUCGUCCUGAUGGGCCUUGUCGAGGGCUUCAGGAUCAACGGACUCCCCGGUGUUGGGGAGGGCAACGACCUCUACCCCGGCGGCCAGUACUUUGACCCACUGGGCCUUGCCGACGACCCGGUCGCCUUUGCCGAGCUCAAGGUGAAGGAGAUCAAGAAUGGGAGGCUGGCCAUGUUCUCGAUGUUCGGGUUCUUCGUUCAGGCCAUCGUGACCGGAAAGGGCCCGCUCGAGAACCUGCUGGACCACCUAGACAACCCGGUGGCCAACAAUGCUUGGGUCUAUGCCACCAAGUUUGUGCCGGGGUCAUGAAUUGAUGGGGUCUAAAUUGGCCUUUAAGUGUGCAUGAUUGGAGAGGAUAUGUAAAUUUGUAGUUCAUGAUCAAGAGCUUUCCAUGUUACUGUGAUUAUGAUGAUCUUCCUUGGUGAUCUAUUGACAGAAACAACUCAUGACUUUUACUAUGAGGAUGAUGCUAGGUUGAUCUCAAAAAGCUAAACUUAAAACUAUGAAUUGUACCAGAGUCGAUUCUGUAUUUUGUCAUCAAGAAUAAGAUUAUGUGACCUUAGUUUUAUCGUA